UAAAAACCACUACCCAUUCCUUUGUCUCUCUCACACAUACAUUACUGCGUCUCUCAGCUACACACACCUUACCUCUUGGAAGAGACCAACCGAGCCUCAGCAUGGUGUCUGGUGGAAGACAGAUUCUGGGUAUGUCCCUGGCCAUCAUCGGCUUUUUGGGGAGCAUUGUCAUCUGCGCUCUCCCCACCUGGAAAGUUACAGCCUUCAUUGGUGCCAACAUCGUCACUUCUCAGGUGAUCUGGGAAGGUCUGUGGAUGAACUGUGUGACACAGAGUACAGGCCAGAUGCAGUGCAAAGUCUACGACUCUCUCCUGGCCUUACCUCAAGACCUGCAGGCUGCCAGAGCACUCGUCGUCAUCGCCAUCAUCGUCGGGGUCUUUGGGAUCCUUCUUGGCGUGGUCGGAGGCAAGUGCACCAACUUUGUGGAGGACGAAAGGCAGAAGUGCAAAGUGGCCAUCGCUGCUGGAAUAGUCUUCCUCGUCGCAGGUCUCUUGGUGCUUAUCCCUGUCUGCUGGACGGCCAACACCAUCAUUCGUGAUUUCUACAACCCCCUCCUGACCAACGCUCAGAGGAGGGAGCUGGGGGCCUCGCUCUACAUCGGCUGGGGAGCCGCAGGUCUGCUGUUCCUGGGCGGGGGUCUCCUCUGCAGCUCCUGUCCCCCCAGAGAUGAAAAUGACUAUGAUGUGAAGUACUCCAAGGCUCGCUCUGUGGAGAGCAGCAAGGCCUACGUUUAGAUCGUCAGCGGUCUGUUGGAAAGAGAUAGGAUAAAGAAUUCAUGAGUUUCACCCUCUGUUUAACCCAAAAAUAUGAGUCAAGUUCCACCACUUAGAAUAACACCUGUACUGUUGUUCGAAUAGACCUUUAAAGUAUGUAACUUAAACAUGUGUUUUAGUUUCAAAAACAGUUAUAAAAGUUAUAUAAAUAUUGCAAAAUGUGCGUUUUGUUUUUUUUUUUUUUUUCUUUAUGUGAGCAUACAAAUUCUUAUAUUUUACACUUUAGUUCUGGACAUUUUCAUAUAGAUUCCCUUAUUUUAAUUGUUUAUGUAGGCUGGUUUAUGUUGUUUAUUGAUCCACAUAUUCAUAACAUGUUCUCUGUGACAUGUGUGGGAUUCAGUGCAUGUGUGUUAAAAACUGCUAUAUAUGAAACACAUUGUAUAUUUUUGUGAAAUCUGCCAGUGCUGUGACUGUUAUUGUGUCUAAGUCUGAUAUUUUGGCUUCUUUUUGUCUAUCAAGCUGAAUAUUGAUGAUUAAGUGACUGAUUCACAUUGUCUGUUUGAAUACAAUUUUCUUCAGAUGCUGUAUGUUUGAUGUUUGCUGUGUAUUUUUAUAUGACAUUAAAAUGUAGGUCAUCUCCAA